AAAUGAAAACAUUCCUCAUUUAUUUUAUUUAGUUAUUCAAUUCAUACAACCAAACUUAUAUAAGACAAGUAACAAGACUUAUAAGAUCAUUUCUAAGUCUGCGUUGAUAGCAAACUUGUGUAUACAAUUCGGAAGUCAAACACAAAACCGAAAAAUGUUAGAAUCGAUUUGCCUAAAUUAUAUACCUAAGAUAAAUAAUGAAUACCAAAUCCACGAAAAAAUAACUUGCGAGUUUUUGUUUCAUGUCAACAUUCAAAUGAAAAUUUCAGGUAAAAUAUUAAAUGUCCAUAAGGACAUUAUUGACUUUAAAAACGAAGCGCUUUAUAUAAUAGCAAGUAUUCGUGGCAUGUGCAACGUAGACGAUUCGUUUUGUGAUGACUUAGAUGUAUUUUGGACUUAUUAUUUAUUUAUGGAUAGACUUCAAAAAUUUAGAUCUCAGGCGAUUCCAUGCGAUGACAUUAGAUUUAAAUGUUUAUUAGUAAUACAUGACACAAUGACAAUCUCACUAAAUAAUGCUAUUUAUACAAAAAAAUGCAACAAAUUUGUAAAUUAUAAAAAUAAUUUGAACAUGAUAUCUUUUAAAGAGUACAAAACAAUGAUGGAUUUAUAUGAUGAAUAUGACUAUUAUUUGCAAUGUGCAAGCGAAUCGAUAGCUUCAAUACAAUACGUAGUGUUUCAAAUUAUGGAUUCAUUAGGUGAAGAAAUAAUGCUCUAUAUUCCAUACUACAUGUCAAAUUUAUUUUUGAAUAAUAUUAUGGAAAAUGCAAAUCUAUUACUCAACAAUUUUACAAAAUUCUUUGAUAACACUAAUAGGUUUGAAAAGUUUAUUUACAAAGUCUCAGUGGGUAAAUAUGCACAAGGAAAAAAUGAUGAUGACACACUAAUCAAUAAAGCUGCUAAUAUUAUAAUGUUGCAAAAACAUUUUAUAUUCUUUACAAAUACUAUUAUACUCCGAAUCUUUGAUCGUCACUUAUUUUAUAUGAAAUCAUUUGAGGAUAUCAAAAUAUAUAGUCAAAAAAUGUCCCAAAUUCUUAAUAGUUACAUCGAAUUACUAAAACCUUUUAGCGAUUCAUAUAUAAUUGAUGUUAAAAAUAUUGCUGACUCAUUUUUUGAUUCUUAUCACAACAUUUCAAGUAUAAGAGAACUGGAACAGUUUCAGUUAUUAAUAACGCAUUCGAUUAAUAAAUAUUACAAACAGUUAGAAAAUAUUAAUAAACAAAUUGAACCAAUCAAAAAUCUGAAUUCUACAGAAAUUUCGAAUUUGAUAAGUCAUUCAGCUUAUAUCGAUAAUACAGAAGAGUUAAAUGUUCAUAAUACAUUACACACAUAUUUAAAAGAGAGCAUCUAUAGUGGGGAAGUAUUCGUCAAGUACUUAAAUAAGCUUUUAAAUAAUACUGAUAUUUACCUUAUUCAUCCAUUUAAAAAUGUUUUCAAUGUUAUGCUACCAAAAAAAUUAAUAAUUUAAUGAUUGUUUUUUUUUUUUUAAUAACACGAAAAUAUAUAUUGUGAAUAUUUAAACAGAUGAAUAUUUAUAUAUUAUACAAACACAAACACAUCUAA